GCAGGCAGAGGGGGACUAUGGGGCUCUGAGGGAGGUGCACCCCGCCGCACCGAGCUGCUCACCCACCGUCCCCGGUCGGAGCGGGAGGCGCCGCGGCGUGCGCAGCCGGCUGGGCUUGCGGCUCGGGCUCCGGGCCGGGCUCGGGGCCGCGACAGGCCCAGCUGCUGUCCCGAGAGGCGGAGAAGGCGUAGGGGGAAAAAAGAAAAUAGAAGUUAUCAAGAUGAGUAAAAAGCCUCCAAGUCGUCCAGGGAUCACGUUCGAGAUUGGUGCUCGUUUGGAAGCACUGGACUACUUACAGAAAUGGUAUCCAUCUCGCAUUGAGAAAAUAGAUUAUGAAGAGGGGAAGAUGUUGGUCCAUUUUGAACGUUGGAGUCAUCGCUAUGAUGAGUGGAUUUAUUGGGACAGCAAUAGAUUACGACCCCUGGAAAGACCAGCACUAAGGAAAGAAGGGCUAAAAGAUGAUGAUGAAUUUGUUGAUUUUAAACCUGGAGAAGAGGUGCUAGCUCGUUGGACAGACUGUCGAUAUUAUCCUGCUAAGAUUGAAGCAAUUAAUAAGGAGGGAACCUUCACAGUACAGUUCUAUGAUGGAGUUAUUCGAUGCCUAAAAAGGAUGCAUAUCAAAUCUAUGCCUGAGGAUGCCAAAGGGCAGGCGCGCGAGAGGGAGCAGAUAGCGCCGGAGCUGAGAUUAGUGACGGAAAUCGAACCAAAAGAAGAUUGGAUAGCUUUGGUCAAAGCUGCUGCAGCAGCAGCCAAGAACAAAGCAGGAAGUAAACCUCGGACCAGUGCAAACAGCAAUAAAGAUAAAGAGGAGAGAAAAUGGUUUAAAGUACCUUCAAAGAAGGAAGAAACCUCAACCUCUACAAUCAUACAGGAAGUCCAGAAAAAGGAAGAGGAGCCUACAUCUAGUGAAACGUUCGUAGGAUUCCCAGUAGUGGACAUUCCUAAGAUGGCAUUUGUGCGGGCAGAGAGCACAUUAUCGCACAAGAGGAAAAGUAAUCUAGGCAACUCAUUUCAGGCAAAGAGAGCUCGUCUUAACAAGAUCACUGGUUUGUUGGCAUCCAAAGCUGUUGUUGUGGAUGGUGCUGAAAAAAAGGAAGGCAACAAAGAAACAGCUCCAGUCCUGGAGCAGGAGAUUUCACCUAAACCUCAAAGUCAGAAAAAAAAUGAAGCUGAUAUUAGCAGUUCUACCAACACUCAGAAACCUGCACUGUUAUCCUCAACUUUGUCUUCAGGAAAGGCUCGCAGCAAGAAAUGCAAACAAGAAUCUGGAGAUUCUUCUGGGUGUAUAAAGCCCCCUAAAUCACCACUUUCCCCAGAGUUAAUACAAGUCGAGGAUUUGACGCUGGUCUCUCAGCUUCCUUCUUCUGUGAUAAAUAAAACUAGUCCGUCACAGCCAGUGAAUCCCCCUAGAUCCUACAAAUAUAGCCAGAGGAGAAGAAGAUCACAGCGUUUAGCCACUUGCUCGUUGCCUGAUGAGUCUAUACAAAAAGUUCCUUCUCCCUCUUCAGUCACUGAUGGAAAAGUGUUCUCCAUCAGUGCUCAAAAUCAACAGCCAUCAAUAUCAGAGGUACCUGAUGUUGCUCAUAUGUCACUUGAGAAGCGUGGACCAUGUCUCCCUCUUGACUUAAGCCGUAGUUUGGAAGUUACAGCGCCAUUAUCCACAGAAUCCACUUUCCGUAAUGAGUACCCCAGUAAAGAAAAGGAAGAUACUCAGAUGAUUACAUAUCAUUCUUCCAAAGCAGUAACUGAUGGAAGAGUAGCUACAACAGCGUCAGCACUCUCGUCCCAUGUACAUGCCUUACAUCUGGAAAUGCCUUUAACCAAUAGUCUAAAGUUACCCAAAGGGAAUAGUAAAAAAAAGAGGUCUUCCACGUCAGUCAGCUCUGAAGGGACAGAGAUACAGUUCUCUGUGCCUGUAAAGGAGAAAUGUUUUGAGAAUCUGCAGGAGAAAAUGUUAAAGAAGGUCAUUGAGAAGGACAAGCAUUCAGAAGUUGGUAUAUUGAAAACUGAAAAAAAAGUGAAAUUGGAAGAGAAAAGCUCAUCAUCAUUUGGUAAAAAGAAGGAGAAAGAGAAAGAGAAAAAAGAGAAAAAGGAAAAAGAUCAUAAAUCAAAACAGAAGAAGAAGAAGAAAAAGAAGAAGAAAUCUAAACAGCAUGAUUAUUCGGAUUAUGAAGAUAGUUCUCUUGAGUUUUUGGAAAGGUGUUCCUCUCCACUCACACGUUCUUCUGGGAGCUCUCUGACUCUGCGAAGCAUGUUUACAGAGAAGAACACUUCAUACCAGUAUCCAAGAGCCAUUCUGUCUGUUGACCUGAGUGGAGAAAACCUCUCGGAUGUGGAGUUCUUAGAUGAUUCCUCCACGGAAAGCUUAUUACUGAGUGGUGAUGAAUACAAUCAGGACUUUGAUUCAACCAAUUUUGAAGAAUCUCAGGAUGAAGAGGAUGCUCUCAAUGAAAUUGUUAGAUGCAUCUGUGAAAUGGAUGAGGAAAAUGGCUUCAUGAUUCAGUGUGAAGAAUGCCUGUGCUGGCAACAUAGUGUAUGUAUGGGAUUAUUAGAGGACAGCAUUCCAGAGCAGUACAUCUGUUACAUCUGCAGGGACCCACCAGGUCAGAGAUGGAGUGCCAAAUAUCUUUACGAUAAGGACUGGUUAAACAAUGGGCAUAUGUGUGGAUUAUCAUUUUUAAAAGAAAACUACUCGCACCUUAAUGCCAAAAAGAUAGUGUCAACACACCACUUGCUGGCUGAUGUGUAUGGCGUAACUGAAAUUCUACAUGGACUGCAGCUGAAGAUUGGGAUACUAAAAAAUACACAUCAUCCUGAUCUUCAUCUUUGGGCUUGCUCAGGGGUGCGAAAAGAGCAAGAGCAAGUGACAUUUGGGGUAGAAAAGAAAAUAGUGACUUUGCCAGAUACUGUUAAUCCAUCUGAAAGGACAUGUCACAAUCAAAGCCAUAAAGAACCACCCCCUAGUUUACCGCAGAAGAUGGAAGAAACGUAUAUUACAAGCGAGCACAGUUACCAGAAACCACAGAGUUUUGGUCAGGACUGCAAAUCAGUUACUGACCCCGUGAGCUCAGAUGAUGAAGAUAUGAGUAGUUUUGAGGAAGAUCAGGAAUUUUGUUCAGAUGAUAAAAACUGUUCACAAUAUUCUUUAAAAGAAGAUGGCAUGAGUGAGCAGAAGAACACUGCUGAAGGGAAUGUGGUGUGUGCCUGUAAUGAAAAAAAAGGAUCAGAAGAACAAGUGGAUUCACAUCUUCAAUGGCAGCUAAAUCUCCUGACCCACAUAGAGAAUGUACAGAAUGAAGUCACCAGCAGAAUGGACCUUAUUGAAAAGGAAGUUGAUGUUUUAGAAAGCUGGCUUGACUUCACUGGAGAGCUGGAACCUCCAGAUCCUCUUGCAAGACUGCCUCAACUCAAGCGACGUAUCAAACAGCUCUUAAUUGACAUGGGGAAAGUACAACAAAUAGCCACGCUGUGCUCUGUAUGACAAAAGGAAGAAUAAAGGAAUAAAAAUAGGCUCUCUACAGUGAAUUUUCUUAUUCGCCACAAGACUGGCAGGAGGACAGCAAAAAGCUGGAUAUUUGUCUGGUUCUGUGCCGAUUACAUUUUUAGCCUGACGCUUUGGAGAAAGGAAAGGAAAUCUAGAUUAAGGAAAUUAACACUGAAAAGCUAAAUACGCUAUGUUCAAGAUGCAAAUUACAAUAUGUCACCUAUUGAGGAACAUUGAAAUGGCAGAAUUUCUCCUUCAGGUCAUACAAGAAAGUUCAAGAAAUCUCUGUAAUGGAAAAUACUAUAAUUUUAUAGUCAGUAGCAGAAAGAGCCAAAGUCAGUGGGAAAAACAUACAUCCAUAAUUUUUUUUUUCUCCCAUUGCUAGUGAAAAUACAGACACAGAGAGAUCCAUAGCCUCUCUACAGUUGGUCCACCCCCAAAGUUUUAGGCAGGUAACUGAUCUUUUGCAGCCCAGGAACUAUUUCUUGUCUAAUUAGUGUUAUUCAGGAAAAUGAAAAUAUUUGCUUCACUUUUGAAAGAAACAGUAUGUGGUGGUCUCCUUAUAAAUAUUUUUUUUUAAUGGAAAUCCUCAUUACAGCACCCUUAGGCUCUUUUAAAAACGUAAGUGGCAAACAGUGGUCAGAUGUGCCAAAUAAUACUAAAACCACUGGGAUGACAGUUUGAAGAUAGUGAAAUACCUGAAGAGGUUUUUUUUUUCAAAAGUUCUACCUGGUGCCAGCAAUCCAUCCAAAAUUGUAUCUAGUUUAUAUUUUUUUACGUUCUAUUGCAGUAUUCAGGAUUCAAAGUACAUUUUUGUCAGCUUGGUGUUAGCCCUCUGAAUCUUUACCAACCUCAUCUGGGAUGAGGAAUGACAAGAGCAGAAAAAUUGCUUGUUUGUGGCUGUGAAUUACUAAACCACUAGAUUGAAUAUCGCAAAGAUACAUUAUCUAAGAUGUUUUUAUAAAACUUUUAGCUUCAGUCAUACGUGAGUAAAACAUCAUGAAACCAAAGGCAACCUAGUUGCUCUGUUAGCUCUUGCUGGAUUUUGAGCUCAGGACCUUCUCUUUGUCUGUGCUCAUGUAAGUUGUCACUGCACCCAGUGCUACAUAUGUAUGUGUAGGUAUAAGUGUAUAUACACACACAUUUAUAUGUACGUACUAUAUACGUAUUUAUAUCUACACAUGUCUAGUUUUAUUACUAUAAACUAUAAGAACUGGUGGUUAACAUGAAAUGUUACCUUUUAACAAGCAGUUUAUAAAAUUGAAAAUAAUGUAUGUACAGGUUUUGGAAUUUGUAAAAUAUGACUGUUAAAAGGAGGCUAUUUAAUUGAUGACAUAAGAUACUUGAACAUUUUAUGCCUCACAACUGUUUAUCAGUUCUAGUUUUCUGUAUAAAUGCAUUUUAGAACCGAAAGACAGUAAACUUGAAUUUACCUUUUGAUAAGAGUACAAGCCACUGUACAUUCAAAAAUUAUUUAAAUUUGCAAACACACUGUUCUAUAUGUAAGGUACUGUAUGUAAAACUGUUUAUUAAAACUAUUCUGCAUACUCUA